UCUCCCGCUGCCUUGUGUUUAAACGUUUAAGUGUCACUUUCUGAUUCGUCCGGGUUACUGAAGUGUGACAUUUUCAUGGUGCUGGUGUUCUGAUCUAGUGGAAAUCGUUGGGUUUUUUUUUUGUAUUUUCAUGGCGCGUACAUAUAUUUAUAAAUUGUUUCGAAGCUAGUCGAGAAACAGGAAAUGAAUACAUCCUGACCACUAGAGGGCAGAGCACUGACGUCACUGCGUCAUCUUCAAAGCCGCGAAGAAAAACCAUUUGGCGCGCGGGCUUUGGAAAUGGCGGAGGACCGAGAAACAAACAUGGGAUCCGUGUCCUCGGAUUCCCUCAAGCUGUACGAGGCGCAGUUCUUCGGCUUCACCCCUCAGACCUGCAUGAUGAGGAUGAACAGCGCCUUCCAGGACUGUCUGUACGAGAUGCUCGUAGUCGUCGAGUCAGUGUUUGUCCGAAAACUGUCCCAGGGCAAAGAUCCGCCCGAAGAGCUUCGCGUAAAGACUCGAGAGUGCACGCAGAAACUGCUGCAGUUCCUGCAGGAACGCUUCAGGAAGCUGUCGGCUCGCAUGGAGGCUCUGCUGGUGAGCAGUGUACUUUCAGUGCCCGAAAACGUCCUUCUGCCCGAAGACGAGUCUCACCGGAAAAACCCGGAGAGCAACGAAGAGCUUUUAAAGCUGGAGGCUUCGACCGCAGAGCUGCAAAAGUCUUACGAGGCAGAGAUGUGUGCGAAACGAGCUCUCCUGGCCGAGCUCGCGGAGCAGAAGGAAACGCAGGAGCAACUGGACGAGGUGCUGCAGUGGAUCGACGAACUGCGUUUAUCCUGGCGGAAGGAGGGAAUGGGAAAUAUCCGAGACAGCUUCCAGAAUAUGAUUGAGACUGUGAACCAACUGCAGGGUGAGAUGGAGACGAUCAGGAAGAAGAGCAAAUCCUUAGGUGAAGUGUGAUACCUCUUUUCUCCUGUGCCUUCUUCAAUGACACUUUCAGUUGCAUACCAGUGGUAAUUGGCUGUGCAAAACGGUCCAUCCACAAGGGGGCAGCAGCGCGCAGUCCGAUUAUGCCAUCUUGUCAAAACGUCCAAUGUGUUCUUCUCAGCGAAGGCGUCAGGCUUGUAAGCCUGGCAUUCCUUCUUUGACAAAUGAAAUGCAGUCCCCCAAAAUCCCCACCUUUUUCAACCAAAUCCACUGUCUAUACUACUCUAAGGCCAGAUUCAUGUGGAUUCUCUCCUUUUAUCUUCAGUGCAAUGAGAUCAAACUGAAUUUCCUAUAAUCCCAAACCUCUGUGCUUUCCUCCUUCUUCACAGCAGGAGGCCUGUAGACCCAAACAAGGGGCAGUUCCAUGAUGGUAGACACUGUUAUUCAGUGAUUUAUUUUUGUUGUUGUUAAUAACUGGCACUUUAGCUCUGAGCAAAAUCUAAAUUUCAUAAAUAAAUUCCCAUGUUUGUCAUGUUGUAAACACAAUAAAAGUUCAUGUUCGUUUUUA